AUGGCCUCGGCCGAGGGCGGCGGCGCCCGGCCGGCGGCUGGAAGCGCGGCGUACGUCGACGUGAAGGUGCAGCUCCUGCUCGGCUACCUGGUGUGCCUCGUGUACUACCUGCUGCUGAAGACCCGCGGGCUGCCGGUCCGCGACCACCCCGUGGUCCUGCGCCUGAUCUGGAUCCGGACGCUGCUGGAGAAGAUGCGCCCGGUCGACCAGCGCCUGCAGUACCAGAUGAGCAGACUGCUGCAGGCGCUCGACGCGCCGGCGGGCGCGAAGGGCGGCGACGGCGACCUCAAGUCGCUCAAGCCCGGCGAGCUGGCGGCGAACGUGGAAGAUGAGGAAGGCGACGAAGACGAGGCUGCUCCAGUAGAGGCUGAUGACGAUGGCAUUUACAAGCCGCCGAUGAUUGCCCAGGUCGAGUACACCGGAGACCACGUCAGCAUGCAGGAGCGCGCAGAGAAGGACCUGGAGCGUGCAAAGGGCCGCCUGGAGCGCAGCGAGUUUGUGAGGUCUCUGCGGGCGGAGUUCACGGAGGCGCCGCACGAGGUCCACGGCUCCUACCAGUCGUCGCGCGCAGAGAAGGCUGCCAGGAAGAUGACGGAGCAGCAGGAGUACGAGGAGGAGCGCAUGGUGCGGCUCCGGACGUCCAAGAGGGACCUCAAGGCCCAGCGGAGGAUGCUGCGAGAGACCCGAGCAGAGUCUGGAGGUGCAGUGUCCCUGGACGACGCGACGGCCGACUUCCGCGAGCUGUCCAGGGCUGGCCCGCCGAAGGGCGGUGGCCGUGGGCGCAAGGCCGGCGCCAGGGGCGGGUCCGCCCUGCAGGAGUUCCAGAACGCCACGGAGCGGGCCCGCCAGGCCAGGCGCCUCGUGGGCUCGGCGCGCGACGGCGGGGGGCCUGGCAAGAAGGGCGGCGGGGGCAAGGACGGCCUGCCGCAGGCUGGGCUGCCGGUGCGCUGUUCCGGGCCCGCCCGGUCAGACAAAAUGAAGGCCGCCCUGAUCAUCUUCAGUCCCGGAGGGGCGGCGGCUCGUGCCUUCGCCGUGGUCAACGUCUCUGCUGCCAUCGGCGCUCCGGUGGUCGGCAGGGCCGAGUGCGCCGCGCAGUGGCGGGCGCAGGUGAGGAAGCUGAGGAUACUCGGCGCCCUGGCGCCGUGGGUGGAGCGGUACCAGAUGGAGGUGUUCAACCGCGCCCAGUUCCUGACCGAGCUCCGGGGGCGAGGACGACUCUUUUUCGUCUUCGUCGGCUCGCUCGCCAUCACGCAGUGCGUUAUGUGCCUGCUCUUCUUCGUGGGCAUAUGGAAUCUCUUCAUGGGAGUGGUCUGCGUGAUGAUGAGCUAUGGCAUCAACCCCGUGCUGCCCUCCGACCCGAGGCUGGCGCCGCAGCCUGGCAUGUCCUUCGAGCCGCAGAACCAGGCGCCGCUCAACAACCAGGGCUUCUGAGGCGGCAGCGACUUGCCCCACACAUCGAGCCCGCGUGAGUCAGGACGCAACCCUAGCUGUUUGCCCCCCUGUUCUCGCUCGUCGCCUGUGCCUGUGCUCGGUGGCGCGCAUCGGAACUGACCCGCGUCCCCCAGGGUACUUGCACUCCUCCUCCUCCUCCUUCCCGGCUGUCCCCGGACUGGCGACUUUGCGCGUAGGUGCCAGCUGUCGCUACCGAGUACGGCUGCUGCUGCUAAUUCGUGGAACUCGCCGCCGCGGCGCAGCUGCUGUCAAUUCACGAGAUUGCCAGGAGGUUAGAGCGCACGAAAAGGC